GGCUAAGUUGAGGGAACAUGGCGACGUCUAAUUUGUUAAAGAAUAAAGGCUCCCUCCAGUUUGAGGACAAGUGGGAUUUGAUGCGCCCCAUCGUUCUGAAACUGCUUCGCCAGGAGUCUGUCACCAAACAGCAGUGGUUUGACCUCUUCUCAGACGUUCAUGCGGUUUGUCUUUGGGAUGAUAAAGGUCCAGCAAAGAUCCAUCAGGCUCUCAAAGAAGAUAUUCUAGAUUUUAUCAAGCAAGCACAAGCAAGAGUGCUGAGUCACCAGGAUGACACAGCCUUGCUCAAGGCCUACAUUGUGGAGUGGAGGAAGUUCUUCACUCAGUGCGACAUCCUGCCCAAGCCCUUCUGCCAGCUGGAGAUUACCCUGAUGGGAAAGCAGGGUAGCAACAAAAAGUCCAACGUGGAGGACAGCAUCGUGAGGAAGCUCAUGCUUGACACGUGGAAUGAGUCAAUAUUCUCCAACAUCAAGAACCGUCUGCAGGACAGCGCCAUGAAGCUGGUCCAUGCAGAGCGGCUCGGGGAGGCCUUCGACUCGCAGCUGGUCAUCGGUGUGCGGGAGUCAUACGUGAAUCUGUGCUCCAAUCCCGAGGACAAGCUGCAGAUCUACAGAGAUAACUUCGAGAAGGCAUAUCUGGACUCCACCGAGAGGUUUUAUAGAACGCAAGCACCCUCGUAUCUGCAGCAGAAUGGCGUGCAGAACUAUAUGAAAUAUGCAGACGCUAAGUUAAGGGAAGAGGAGAAACGUGCACUUCGUUAUUUAGAGACCAGACGUGAAUGUAACUCUGUACAAGCACUUAUGGAAUGUUGUGUAAAUGCUCUUGUGACGUCUUUCAAAGAGACAAUCCUGGCGGAAUGCCCAGGCAUGAUCAAGCGAAACGAGACUGAGAGUGAGUACGGCAGGAGCGCUAGUGCUGCUGACUCAGUGAGCUCAGAGCUGCACCUCAUGUUCUCGCUCAUGGACAAAGUUCCGAGUGGCAUCGAGCCCAUGCUGAAGGACCUGGAGGACCACAUCAUGAACGCAGGACUGGCGGACAUGGUGGCCUCGGCUGAGACCAUCACUACUGACUCGGAGAAAUACGUUGAGCAGCUCCUCACUCUCUUCAAUCGCUUCAGCAAACUGGUGAAGGAGGCGUUUCAGGAUGACCCGCGCUUCCUGACAGCCAGAGACAAGGCAUACAAAGCUGUCGUGAAUGACGCCACAAUAUUCAAGUUGGAGCUCCCGCUAAAGCAGAAAGGGGUGGGACUGAAGACACAGCCAGAGUCCAAGUGUCCAGAGCUGCUAGCUAACUAUUGUGACAUGCUGCUGAGGAAGACUCCACUGAGUAAGAAACUCACCUCAGAGGAGAUCGAAGCAAAGCUGAAAGAGGUGCUGCUGGUACUGAAAUAUGUGCAGAACAAGGAUGUCUUCAUGCGAUAUCACAAAGCACAUCUGACACGCCGUUUGAUCCUCGACAUCUCUGCGGACAGCGAGAUUGAGGAGAACAUGGUGGAGUGGCUCAGGGAAGUGGGUAUGCCAGCUGACUAUGUGAACAAACUCGCUAGAAUGUUCCAGGAUAUCAAAGUGUCCGAAGAUCUAAAUCAGGCCUUCAAGGAAAUGCAUAAACACAACAAGCUGGCAUUACCAGCCGACUCGGUUAACAUCAAGAUCUUGAACGCGGGUGCCUGGUCUCGCAGCUCAGAGAAGGUGUUUGUGUCGUUGCCCACCGAGCUGGAGGAUCUCAUUCCCGAGGUAGAGGAGUUCUAUAAGAAGAACCACAGCGGCAGGAAGUUACACUGGCACCAUCUUAUGUCCAAUGGCAUUAUCACAUUCAAGAAUGAAGUGGGGCAGUACGACCUGGAGGUCACGACUUUUCAGCUAGCCGUUCUGUUUGCCUGGAACCAAAGACCCAGAGAAAAGAUCAGUUUUGAAAAUUUAAAGUUGGCCACAGAGCUUCCAGAUGCUGAGCUGAGACGGACACUCUGGUCUCUCGUAGCCUUCCCUAAGCUCAAACGACAGGUACUAUCAUACGAACCUCAAGUCAGCUCUCCCAAAGACUUUGCUGAAGGCACUCUCUUCUAUGUCAAUCAGGAGUUUUCUCUUAUAAAAAACUCUAAGGUCCAGAAGAGGGGGAAGAUCAACCUGAUUGGCAGGCUACAGCUCACCACAGAACGGAUGAGAGAGGAGGAGAAUGAGGGCAUCGUCCAGCUGAGGAUAUUAAGAACACAGGAGGCCAUUAUCCAGAUCAUGAAAAUGCGGAAGAAGAUCACCAACGCCCAGCUCCAGACCGAACUGGUGGAGAUCCUGAAAAACAUGUUUUUACCGCAGAAGAAAAUGAUCAAAGAACAAAUCGAAUGGCUGAUUGAGCACAAAUACAUCAAGAGGGACGAGACGGACAUCAACACUUUCAUCUACAUGGCAUAGCACAGGAGCCAGGAGUGUAGCCAUGAGGAUGACGAUGAUGUUGAUGCUGACGCCUAAUGGACACUUGUUGGCUAAAGUCUCCUCAAUGGCAGAAUGGGCUUGUGCCAGAGACAGACUGGAUUUAUGACUGAUGGCUCAGUUACAGGAAUAUUGAAAUCCCUGCCUUACGUUACAAAACAAUGAAAAAAAAAAAUAAAUAAAAUUUAAAAAAGAAAACAAAGGACUAUAUUUUGCCGGUUUUUAGGCAGUAUGCAUGGUGGUGUUGGCCUUCGUGUUUCCUCGUUCUCCGGGCAGCAUGCCGUUCUGUGGAAAUCACCUCGCGUUCAUCAGAGAACAUGGUUUGAGUGAAGUGUGUCAAGCCAUCGGUGUCCCUCCCACAGUAACCAUUGUUCAGCCGGAGUGCAGAGGCUCGGCUAACCCACAGCAAACAGGCCCCGCCCCCCUCUCCUCUGAGACAGCAGACAUUGGCACAAGAGUGAGUGAGUGGGUGGGGAGUGGUUGACACUGUAUCUGAACAUAAAGAACUUUGACUGGACAGCAAGACCACUAGCACUUUCAAUUUAUUGUCUCAUCUGUAGUCUAGAAUCUGCACAUGGUAUAAUGUGGUAGCUCUGCCUCAAUACACUUCCUAUGAAGUAAGUUCAGCUAUAAUGAAAAAAGUUUUUUAUUGAAAAACUGAAUUAUGAUUUGUUUGCUAUAAUCUUAGCUAUUUAAAGGAAGCAAAGAUCUGUUGUAAUGAUCAUUGGAAUCAAUUAAAGUUACAUGCACAAAGGUAAUGUCACAACGUUAGGUCACCAUUGUGUAAAGAGGAAUUGACUAGUGAUAGGUGAUGUUUACUUCAGUUGACAAGCUUGUUAAUCAUAAAACAAAGUUUCAGGACUGAUAUUAAUGUAAAGGUAAGUUCUUUACUUACUUUAGGUCAAGUCAAACACUGAGGAUUGUGACCAGUGGAAGGCCCUGUAGUGUUUUUAUUUUAUUGGAUUUAGAACCUUUGAGUCUCAAGCUGUGGAAGUAGGGGAACGGUGCGGGUAAAAAUUUCAUAAUGAAUUAAUUUUGACUUAUUAAGCCUUAAGAUUCGUGGGGAAAUUUUUCAUUGUUAUGACAGAUUAUUCUUUUUCUUCUAUGGCAUAAAUGUGCUUUCAUACAAUGGAUGUUCUCGCUUUUUCAUUUCUGUCAAACCUCUAUGAUUUCUUUUAAGAGGACUCAUUAGCAUAUGACACACCCUCUAGA